UUUCAAAACAAAACAAGAAUGUCAGUAUACUAGUGUUGUAGUUUCGGUCUUAAAUGUUGAUUUUUAAAAGUUUAUGAUAUUUCGUUUCAAAGAAAUAUAUUUCGAAACGAAACUUUUUUUAAUGUACUUUUUUUAUUGAAACUGGAUUGGAUAGACAUAUUUUAUGUUUUAAUCAUUAAUAUUCUUAACUGAAAUGGCUUCCUGUACCGAAACUGAGAUAAACUUAAAAACACUGCAAAGGGUCGAUUCUGAUAUUAUUGAAAUUAUAGAUAACGCUAGUCAAGUCGCACUAUAUAAAUAUGAAAGUAAAUUAGAGAAAUGGGAAGUUACCGAUAUUGAAGGAACUCUGUUUUUAUUUCGCAGGUCUGUGCAACCUUACUAUGGGUUGAUCAUUGUAAAUCGCAUGAACACCACCAACUUCAUUGAAUCGAUCACUGGAGACAUGCAGUUUGAGUUGCAGGAGCCUUAUCUCCUCUACAAAAACAAUUCAGGGGAGAUUAUUGGAUCAUGGUUUUAUGAAAAAAAAGAUCUAAAAAGGAUCACGAAGAAGAUACAAACAAUCAUUCUGCAGCAAAGUGGAAGACAUCCUCGCAUGAGAUGUGCUUCGGACAGCGACACUAAAGAUGUUGCCACUUCGCCAAAUAUCAUAGCUUUGCUUUCUCAUGCUCAGAAUGAAUAUAUGAAAACUCUCUCAGAAAAUCAAAAGAAGGAAUCAAAUGAAGAUGUAGAUUUCAACAACCUCAAUGCUCAUUCCGAAAAGAAACCUCUGAAAAAGUCUGUUGAAGUAUUUACUAAACGAACAAAGAGAACCACCAUUCGCUCCAUCUCGCAGGAAGAUUACACCACAUCACCUCGUAGGAGAUACAUGUCCACAGGAUCUUUUGAUGCAGACCGAAUGAAAGGAAUUUCUUCUGAACGCUUUCUAGAUAGGCGGAGCAUGGAAGAUCCUGGUCGUGAAAAGAAGAACAAAAGGAAAGAUUUUAGUGGUUGCCACUUCAAAAGUGGUGAGAAGGUAGCACCUACUAGACUCUCUCCUCUCUUCAGUCACGAUGAGAUUUCAUCUCCUACAUCUGAUGUCAUUUCAAACGACAACUCAUUAAAUUCACAAUUUAUAGAUCCCUUUCUUCCUUAUUAUUGCAAAAAAGAGCUGCCACCUCGUCAGUCAUCUGAAGUUAAAGAUUGGAAAGAUUGCUUAGGUUCAGACUGUGAUACUCAUUUUAUAAACAUGAAACAAGUUCUGAAAUCUCACAUUCAGGACAAUCCUACUGUGAUGCUCAAAAUUCAUGAGGCUUAUGUUUCUAGUCUUAGAUCUCUUUUUACCAAGAACUGAGUGCAAAAAAUAUUUUACGAUGACUAUAAUUGUUUUACAAUUGUACCAAUUUUAUUAUAUUUGGGAAAAAUAAAGUUUUGUUUUUUGUUUUCA